AUGGCUGAGACGGUCGACACGGCGCCUGAACAGCCUGCUCCGCGCGCCGCACUCGUCUACAAGCUCGCCCCCGUCUUCACUACGAAGGAGAAGCCUGUCUGUCCUCCCUUCGAGCCUGGCGACAGAAGCUGGGUCGAGGAUUGGUACUGGGAUUUUGACGACCCGGACGAGGAGGAGAAUGACGGGGUGGACCGCCUCUCGGCUCUGCCGACGGAGAUAUUGAUGAUGAUCAUCUCGCACCUCACGCCUGGCUCACUCCUCGCCUUCUCCCGCACCUCUCGCCUCUUCCGCUCGCUCACGUUCACAAAGCGCGCCGAGCCAAUCUGGAGGGGAGCGAGAAGGCGAAGUGGGUGGCGGGACUUGGAAGCAGGCGGAAUGAACGAGAUCCAGCAUGCGAAGCUGGUCGAGGGGCGCAUCUGCUUCGUGCGUACCUUCGAUAAGCCGAAGUUGCCAACGCUUACAUCCUCGCCUAUAGGUCUGCGGCGAGGAGGGCGGUCGUGGCAGCAGUACAGGCGGGACUUCAGCCUGCGCACCGUUCUCUGCCAAUCUUGCGCGACGAGGCUCAUCAAGGAAGGUGACGCCAUCUCGACCGAGUUCUGGCACCUGCAUCCGCACACCUUCUCGUGCUGCCUGUCGACGAGGAAGAAGCCUGGUGGUGACGAUGUGCCCGAUGGUCAGGACUCCCUCUUCUACACGCCGGAGGUCCUCGAUCAGGCCGCUGUGCUAUACAAGAAUGAAGCGAGCGCCCUCGCCCGCAACGAAGCUCUCGAAUCCGCUUCGCUCACGCAUGUCACCCGCCGCUCCAACUUCAAAGGUCAAGUCCGCCGCGAUGCCGCCAAGAUGACGGCCGACGAAUCGGCGCUCGGCGCAGCGCAAGAAGUCGAGGCUGACUGGCGCCGUCGCAUGCGGGCUGACAUGAUCAUCGAAAGAAUGACCGCGCUUGGUUGGGAGGAGGAAGAGAUCUACUGCGAAGGGUGCGGCUACUUGGCCUGCGACGCUCCAUGGUGCUAUCAAUGCUUCGACGAUGACUUCGACGACGACUUCGACAACUGGGAGCUCUCGUCGAACGAGGAAGACAGUCUCUCGGAGCUCGCCGAACUCUUACCAGAAGAUGAAGACGCGCGGGACGCCCGCAUCUUGUUGGAGAUCAAGGCUGAGCGCCACGGCGACUGCAUUCCUGCGCCCCACGACUACGCCGACAGUUUUCUGAACAUCGACAGACUGCUCAAGGAUGACGAGUGGGACGCCUGUAAGGAUCCGCUCAUCGAGUUCGCCGCCCGAAACAAGCACAAGCGGCUCUGGCGCGAGGAGCAGGAGGAUCAACGCUACCGGCGGGAGGUGCUCACACUACUCUUCAGCCGUCUAAAAGCUGUCGUCGCGCCGGCUCGCCAAGGCGUCUUCGUCUCCCUCGCCACCUUCCUCCGACUCCCGAGCGUCAAGCCACUCUGGCAGGACCAGGAAGCGUUCGACGAGCAGGAGCUGUCGAACAAAGCCGAGCCGGCCAUCCUGCGCGACCUCUUCGACCGCGUCCACCGCGACAAGGUCCGCAUCUUCGACCGAAUCGUCCGCGCGCACUUCGACGACAGCAUCGCGCUUCCCUCCUUCGUCAAGACCGUCCUCGAAUGCGAGCCGAUCGCCUGCAUCGACGGCGAACCGUCGAAAGGCCUCGCUCCCCUUCACGCUGUCCUGACCGACAGCGACAUGGACCCGAUCCUGACCCGCCUCACCUCGCUCUUCCGCUGCGGUCUCUGCUCUGUCAAGCAUACCUAUCCGGCCAUUGCGAUCCACCUCGUCGAGGGGCACGACAUCACGAACGUUCCGGCGUACGCGAACGUACCGAGCGAAGCUUUCCGGCAGGCCACUGAAGGCUUGCUCGCCGACUGCGGCCUCUCGGAGGACGACUCGUUCGCCUUCUUCGAAAAGAUGUACGGCGACGCUCGCUUCGAUGUCACGAUGAGGACGAGCAGCGGCGAAACGGAGACGAGCGUCGGCGAGACUUGGGCUCACGUCCUCUCCGGCAAGUCACCCGACGAACUCGAAGCCGGCCGCCGCAAGUUGUUCUCCUCGACCGACCGCGACAUCGUCAAGAUCCGCCUCUCGGUCGUGCACUCCGAGCAAGCCGCCGACUCGUCUCCCGCAUGA